CCCCUAAGAGUAGUACCUAACCAAAAAAAAAGAAAAAAACGAAAUCGGAUCAUCGAAGCUCCACCAAAGUCUCUCUCUGGGUAAUUAUUGGGUAGGGGGUUGAUGGCGGAGGAAGUGGAAUUGUCGCCGUUGGUUCCACCGACGCCGGUGAUGGAUCCAUCGGAGAUCGAUCUCGAAGCUGGACAUGGCGAACAAAUUCAGUGUCGAAUCUGCCUUGAAUCUGACGGUAGAGAUUUCAUUGCGCCUUGCAAAUGCAAAGGAACAUCAAAGUAUGUACAUCGUGAUUGCUUGGAUCACUGGAGAGCUAUUAAGGAAGGUUUUGCGUUUGCGCACUGCACAACUUGCAAGGCACCGUAUUAUCUUCGAGUACACGGUGCGGGUGAUAGGAAAUGGAGGACCUUGAAGUUUCGCUUCUUUGUUACUCGUGACAUCUUAUCCAUCUUUCUUGCUGUUCAGCUUGUGAUUGCUGCGUUGGCAUACAUGGUCUAUUUCAUAGAUAGCUACCAGCAGUCAUGGCUUCGUCAUAUUUGGGGUUUUGACAGUGAGGUCACCUUUUAUUACAUGUCUGGAGCUUUACUAUUCUUUGCUCUGCUCGGUCUAUCUGGAUGCUUCAUAACUUGCUACGACCGCAGAGUUCGCAAUGACCUUGCUCAGCCUUGCCGUGAACUGUGUCUAUGUUGCUGUCAGCCUGGGAUAUGCACAGACUGCCAUCUACCGGGAACUAUUUGUAUGUGGGCAGAUUGCACAGCAUGUACUGAAGGUUGUGCAAGUGCAGUUAGUGAAUGUAGUGGUUGCCUUGGAGGUGCAGGGGAAGCCGGAUUGCCAUUGCUCUUCAUUAUGGCAUUAGUAGUUCUUGGUUUGUUUACGGUUAUAGGAAUAUUCUACAGCGUACUGGUUGCAACCAUGGUUGGACAACGUAUUUGGCAGCGCCAUUAUCACAUUCUCGCUAAAAGAAUGCUAACAAAAGAGUAUGUGGUUGAGGAUGUAGAUGGGGAAAUGAUGGGAUCUGAAUGGUCGCCACCCGCUUUACCGUCUGAGCAUGUCCAGCAGCUGAAGACGCUUGGCCUUCUGUGAAAACCAUAUUGGCUUGUGAUUGAAUGCUAUGGAAAGAUUUUUCAACUGCUUACAGGGGAAUUCAUCUGAUCAAGAUGUGAGAGAUAAGACAAAAGUUUGGAGAUUAUGAAUGUUAGAAUCUUAGAGAUGCUUCGUAUUUGUAAAGAACGAUCCCAACUUUAGAGUCAGAGACCUCCUCCCAUUGACGAAUUGAGUUUUCAUGUCGAAUGAUUAUUCUUAACGGUUUGUUAUAUAGGUAAAUAUGCACAAGUGUUGUUUUCUCGU